CUCUCGCUCGCCCCCGCCUCUUGCGCUGCCGAGCCGCGCCCAAUACUGCCGCACAGCGCUCAAGCGUCCAUCGACCAUCUGCCGACCCGACCAGGAGGCGUCGUCGCCCAUGUCGUCUCGAGCCAGUCUCGAUGAGCUGCUCCCCGGCCGACGAGGCGGCGCGGUCGACAGCGGCGACCUCGAGGAGGAGCUCACGGUUCGAGCCGUCGUCGUCGGCCUCGUCAUUGGCGUCCUCCUCGCGUGCACCAACUGCUACUUCGGCCUGCAGACGGGCUGGAUCAGCAUGAUGUCGCUCCAGGCGUCCCUCCUCGGCUUCGCCGUCUUCAAGGUCGUCCCGCAGUGCGGCCUGUUCGCCGGCCGCCCCUUGACCGUCCACGAGAACAUCGUCCUCCAAACGACGGCCGUCGCGACUGGCACCCUCCCGCUCGCCGCCGGCCUCGUCGGCGUCAUCCCUGCCCUCGCGCAACUCGACCCGGCCCUCGACGGCGGCGCGCAGCCCCUCGUCCUCCCCUUCCGCACCCUCCUCGCGUGGUCGUUCGGCGUCGCCUUCUUCGGCGUCUUCCUCGCCGUUCCGCUCCGCAAGCAGGUCAUCGUCCGCGAGCAGCUCGUCUUCCCCUCGGGCACGGCGACGGCGCAGGUCAUCGGCGUGCUGCACGGCAAGCCGCUCAUGAGCGCGAGCGACGGCGCGGCGGGACGGGUGCGCAGGCGGCGGCGGGCUCUGCCCGACGCUCGAGAGGACCACGAGGUCGACAUGGAGGGGCUCGACGAGGAGGACGGCAUGCGCGGGCUCGGCGGGAGGGGAGGGAAGGCGGUCGAGGCCGAGAAGGUGGUGGACCGGCAGGCAUGGACGGCGUUGACGACCAGCUUUGCCAUCUCGGGCGUCUAUACACUCGUCAGCCAGGCCUUUCCCGUCAUCUAUGCCGUGCCGCUCUUCGACGUCGUCGUCCGACACGCGGCACACGACUGGCUCUUCUGGUUCACGCCGUCAUUCUCGUACAUCGGGCAGGGCAUCAUCAUGGGCUUCCCGACCACGGCAAGCAUGAACCUCGGCAUGCUGUGCAGCUGGGCCUGCUUGUCGCCCCUGUCCAAGGCGAUGGGCUGGGCGCCCGGACCUGUCUCGUCCUCGGUCGACGGCGCCCGAGGUUGGGUCCUCUGGCCCGCCCUCGCCAUCAUGACGGCCGAGUCGAUCCUGUCGGUCUCGCUCGUCGCCGCCGACGCCGCCCGACCUUGGCUCGAGCGCACGGCCGAGAAGGCGCGCACUGGCGGCGCUCUCUUCGUUCCGGUCGCGCACAGCGCGCACGACUCGGACGACGACGCGCAGAGCGAGGAGGACGAGGACGAGGAGCAUCGGCAGCAGCAGGCGGGCGAGGACAUGCGGGCGCGGCGGGCGCGAGCGCGGGCCGAGGACGAGCCGUCGACGAGGGCGGUCCUGCUCGGCGCGGCUCUGAGCUGCAUCUCGUGCGUCAUCAUCGUCGCGUGGGUCUUUGGCGAGGACGGCAUCAAGUGGUGGGCGACCGUCGUCGCGCUCCUCCUCGCCUGCGUCUUCUCGGUCCUCGGCGUUCGAGCUCUCGGCACGACCGACUUGAACCCGGUGAGCGCGAUCGGCAAGAUCUCGCAGCUCGUGUUCGCCGUCGUCCAGCCGGGCAACGUCGUCGCCAACAUCGUCGCAGGCGGCAUCGCCGAGGCGGGCGCGCAGCAGGCCGGCGACCUCAUGCAGGACCUCAAGACGGGCCACCUGUGGGGCAGCAGUCCGCGGGCGCAGUUCCACGGCCAGCUCAUCGGCUCGUUCGCGUCCGUCUUCGUCUCGACCGGCGUGUACUGCCUGUACCGCAGUGUUUACCAGUUGCCGAGCACGGCUUUCCCGGUCCCGACGGCAGCAAUCUGGCUCAACCUCGCUCGACUCGUCAACAACGGGCAGCUGCCGCCGCGCUCGCAGGAGGCGAUGCUCAUCUUUGGGCCGCUCUUCGUCGCGCUCGCGACGCUCAAGGCGAUCGGCAAGUCUCGACUCGCCGCCAUCGAGAGCGACGGCGUCGUCGGUCAAUCGCAAGAGCGAGCCCGAUGGGCCUGGACGAGGUGGAUCCCUUCUGGCAUCGCCUUCGCCGUCGGGUUCAUCAACACGCCGUCCUUCUCGAUCGCUCGACUCGUCGGCGGCCUCGUCUCGCUCUACUAUACGACCCGCACAUCGCAUCUUUCUCGCGCACGCACCUCCUCGACGUCGUCCUCGGCUUCCUCGUCGUCGGCCCACCUCGAGCACUUUGGCCUUAUCGUCGUCGCGUCGGGCUUUGUCCUCGGCGAGGGCCUCGCGAGCGUCGUCGGCUUGGUCGCCAAGAGCGCCGGUGCGACCGUGCCGUUGAGCUGCUGGGGCUGCGGCGUCGGCGGAGGAGGGUACUGUGGAGGCUGUUCAUGAGCGAAUUGUACUGCGUUGGACACGCAAUCUUAUUUCC